CCCGGGAACACGUGAUCGAAGCCUUUUCCCGCCACCCUUAGAGGCACGGUUGCUAGGGAGACGGAGCGGUGACCCCCAGGGCCCCCUGGAAGUGUCGCGGAGCUCAACUUUUUGGGUUGACUCCAUGGCCUCCUGUUGUUUAGGCAGUUGGAUCCCACAUGGCCACUGUGGUUUGAGUCCUGGAUGGAGGCUUGAAGAUCCCACCAGAUGUCAUUUGUUAAUAGAUGUGACCCAAGCACAUCUUUGCUCAGUUGGCUGGCUCUCUGGCUUUCCACCAUCACCAGGAGAAGCACUUCGUUUAUGAUCCGUGAAUAUGCCUAUUAACAAAUCGCCUGCAGUUAAUACAUUUGGAGGAAUAUCUUCUUCUUAUGAAAAUCUUUUUAAAUAUAACUUACAAAAUGUAAGUACAGAAAGAAGUCAUAAAUCAAGGUCAUCAUUUUCAAUUACAAAAGAAUUUAUCUUGAAAUUCAAUGAAACACAAAAUCCAGCAGAGGAGGAAAAGCUGUUGGACCUAGCUAGGAAAAACAUUCUCAGAUGUAAGAGAAAGCUGGGUCUCCGAACCCUGGGAUCCGGGAAGCACGUGCAUCUUCCUGCUGCGUGGACAGAAGUGGUCUACCUGGCUCAGUGCAAAGGCGAAAUCCAAGACGAAGCUUUAAACAUGCUGUAUGCUUCCCUGGACCAUGCAUCUUUUGAUUCCGACCACCUGCCUGCCUUGUUUUUCGUUGCGGAAUCCGUUCUGUACAGGCUCUGCUGUGACGCGUUCCAACAGACGUACCUCUACUCGGUGGAGAUAAAGCUGAUGAAGAUUGGCUAUUUGGUCUUUUUACGACUUUUUGUAUUUUUCCUGCAUGGUCACCUAGAAAGUUUUAAAGAACAUUUACUGAGGCUUCAACCAUAUUUAUACGCACUCUUUUUCUCUGGAGAAUCAUAUCACAAGUAUCCAAACAUCUUUGCAAAUGUGCAGUUUAUCCUCAAGACUGCAGAAAUUAUAUGCAAAAGAGAACUCCCUUCUGAAUCGAUUUUUGGCCCUGAGGAAAACAAGGAGAGCUCUGAGAACACAGAUCCUGACGUGGAACGUUUACCAUUAAAUCAGGGAGGAUAUGAAGUUAGCCACCUGCUCUGGCACUGUGUGGCUGCUUGGUCCUGCGUUCAGAGUAAUAGUUCUCAGUUGAACACUGUGCUUGAACAGCUUCUCUUCCAUAAAACACAGCUUCGAAAGAAAUGCUGGUUGGAUUCAGCACUGGCUCUAUUGGUCCUUGGCGAAGCUGCCAAAUUAAACAUAGCCUGCUUGAAAGUGUUAAUGGAUCUACUGAGAGAUUUUCUUUCAAGCAUUGUGUCUGUUCAGAAUCAGGAAGAAAACUGCAAGGUAGAUGAUUUUUCCUGGGCCUGGAAUAUAGUAUAUAUAUACACAGCAAUCCUUGCAGAAAUAUGCCUAUAUGCAGCCACUUCUGAUUUGCGAAAAACUGCUUUGCUUGGUUUUUGUAAAUGUCAAAGUUCACAAAAAAGUAUCUUGCCCGUGGACACGUCAGAGAAACUGCCAGAAUUAAAGGAAGCAAGUAUUUUAAGUCUUCUGGAAUAUUUUUCUUCAAAAAUGUCAGAUAAUUGUGAUCACCUGGUCUGGACGGGGUACUACGGCUUAGUAUAUAACCUGGUAAAGAUGUCGUGGGAACUCCGGGCAGACGAGGAGCAGGACGGGCUUAGAAACGUAAUCUGGCAAACGUUACAGAAAACAAAGGAUCAUGAGAAAGACGCAAGGAUCCGGAGUGCAAUAAAUAUAGCUGAGGCUGAGUUAAAUGACCCAACUGAUCCUUUCACUAGAUAUAGUUCAAAAGUUUCAUCAAAUGGAGGAGAAGAAGUUUUCUCCAAGUAUAUUGGAUGGAGAAUUGCCAAUGCACUUUCCGCACUAUUCUCGCCCUCUGUUGAAGCCCAAGCCCUUCCUUUGAAGGAACAAUUGAUUAAUUGGGAUCGAACAAAAUAUCUGAAUCAGAUGCAGAAGCCCAUGAAGAAGAGAAUCCUACGUUUUACUGUAAGGGAACAUCAUUCUGUAUCAGAACUUCCCAUGUUUCAAUAUCCAGACUACUUCUCCAAAGUGGACGAAGAGUUGACGAAAAUCAUCGACCAUCACUGGCAGGAAGAGCUGAAGAUUCGGCAGAAAGAAAAUGAAAUAUGUGAAGCCAAAGAACUUGAAGACAAGGAAUUAGAGGAGAAAAAACACUUCCAAGAAGUUAUGAAGAAAAGAGAGGAGAAACUACAUAAGCAAACCAAGCCUUACGAGCUUCCUCCUAGGACUGAAGUGAUUAAAUUAGAAAAGAAAUUGAGCCGCUCAAAAAUUGAGAUCUACAUGCCUAAAAUUCAUAGCAUGAAAGAGCCCAAGAUACAAAAUGUUAGGAAAGUUUUCUCGUAAUUGUCUUGAGGCCAUUUCUUUGAAAAGAGAUAUUAUCCUGGUGCAAGCUGUUAAAUAUUCAUACGUAAACCCUAAAUUAGCAGUCAGUUCUUAAUCGCACUCGAGUGAUUUCAUCAGUAAUCAUUUCCCAAGACUUGCUUUCUACUAGUGCGUUUCUCAGGGGACCUUUAUCUUGUGAUCACUCACAUACUUGAUCAAUGACUCUGAGUAUUGAUACUUAUUGGACAGUUAGAUGGAAAUGAACUGCAAAUUAAUUAAUGAGUCGUCAUAUAUGAAUUAUUUGCUGAAAAACAGAGUGGCCAUCUGUUGAUACUCACAUAAUCACUACUCAUAU